UUACAGCCAUUUCAUAAGUUUAAUGUCAGUAAACAAGCAGAAAGUGGACUUCACCUCGUCUCUCAUAAGUGCAGAGAAAAAUCAAAGAAGAGCAUAUAAAAGCAAAUUGAUAUUUCUUCUACUUGUUGGGUCGAGUUUCGUGUUGAAAAUAUACAAAUUUUAACAGAUGGCAUGCAAUUCGAGAAGAUGUUACGAAAGAAGAUUUUUGGAGCCCAUUCUCAAUCACUACCCAUGUACAUUAAUCCUCUCGGAGUGGACGUGUAUCUAUCAAUGCAGCUUUUAAGAAUGGACGAAAUCAGUGAAAAAGGACAAGCUAUAACGUCAAAGCUCAUUCUUCGUCAGGAAUGGAGCAACCCAACCCUUCGCUGGAAGCCAAGUGAAUUUGGGAACGUAUCAGAAAUUCUUAUUGGCAAAGAAAAGAUUUGGACUCCACAAGUUCAUCUUUUCAAUGGGGCAAUAAAGAACAAAAUUGACAAAGAUGCGAUCAAAAUCCUCGAAAGCUUGAUGGUGACUGUCAGUAGCGAUGGCAACUGCACGAUGACGUAUGCUGACUUCUACAAGAGCACUUGCGAGAUUGACGUCACCUACUUUCCGUUUGAUCAGCAACAUUGCGAUCUUGAGUUUGGGUCUUGGAAUUUCGACGAAAGGUAUUUAAGACUCAAAGUUAGAGAUCCAGAUGCGCUCGGAGACAAGUCUGAGUACAAAAAUAAUGGAGAAUGGGAGAUCGCGAAGGCCAUUUUAUAUGAACAUAAGGUGAAAUUUCGGUUGAAUGAUCGUCAACAUCGCAUAGUGGUAUUGCAAUUACACGUGAAAAGGAAGUACUUCUUUUACAUGAUGAAUCUUGUCAUUCCGUGUGCCCUUAUUGCCUGCAUGAUUUUCUUGGUUUUUUUACUUCCACCAAAAUCAGGGGAGCGAAUCAGUUUAGGAAUAACAGUGCUUCUUUCGAUGGCAAUAUUUCAGGAAUUGUCGUCAGAGAAGCUCCCAAGCAGUUCAGAUACGUUUCCUCUGUUAGGUAUUUAUUACACGGUAUCAAUAUUUGAAAUUGGUAUGGCAAUGGCGCUUAAUUGCCUUGUGUUGAAUUUCUAUCAUCGCAACCAACGAAUGUCGCCUUUGGUUAGGAAAAUCUUACUAGGCCGGUUGGCGACGCUUCUGCGUGUUGAAAUUACCCCAAGAAAGCAUAGCAAAGACAUGCCCAAAGAAGAAUCGUUUUCAGAGUUUGAUUCGUCUUUUGCAAAAGCCAAAGGCCCCAGUUCUAUCAAUUUAGGAACAAUUUCACACAUGGCAAAUGAAAAUAACACUGAGGUGACACUGUCUCGAAUGGGAUCAAUGAGAGGCUCCUUGAGAGAGAGGAAGAGUCAUGAUAGCGAUAUGGAGGAGGGUAAUGGAAGAUCCAAAUCCCCCCUGAUUUCAAGGAAGGCCAUAAAAGGUUUGAACGAUGGAGGAGCAAUUGGAAACGGUGUGGUUAAUAAAGAUGCUGUUGAAUCAAAUAAAAACGGAGAGGAGUGGAGGGACGCCGCGAAGGUGCUAGAUCGUCUUCUUCUUGCGAUUUCAAUAGUAAUUGGUGUUGUUUCUGCGUCAGCAAUAUUUAUGCAAUCUGAAAGGUUUCGGGAUAUGGUUCUCUUUCGUGACAGUCCCUAGCAUUGGUUGAUGAAUGCUGCGAGCUUGUCAAAGCAGUUCUCAGAAUCUUACCGUCUCCAACCAUGCUUUAACCACAAUUUUUUAUUUAACCCCGCUUGAAUUCUAAACGCAAUAAAAAUGUAUGACUUUGGCUUGAGUUUGGUGAAAUCAGCAGUCUAGUCAUGGUUCUUGUUGGAUGUCCCUUGAUUGGAGAUGUUGCUUUGCAACUGAUUUUUAAAGAAACACAAAGAUUUUUGUCUUUGUAAUUGUCACAAAUGCUGUGGACCGGAUUUGGUAGAUGCUCUGUAAUGACAGAGUGGGUUGAGUAAGGCCAUUGCCUUUGAACUAGGCUUGUUGACUACGUUGUCAAAGGAGAAGAUUAUCAAAAAAUUACAGCUGGAAGCUUUGCUACUUUUGAGACUACUUUUGUUCAAUGAGCAUUGUAGUACUUGGAUGUCCUUAUCUCUUGACAAGUGUCACACUGAAGCUUGAUUUACAAGUUAAAAGAUGAUGUAAUAUGUUAAGAAAUUAACUUUUUAUGAUAUGUCUCAACAGCAUCUAUAGCGAGAUAUUUCUCAGGUGCUUUUUGUUCGACUUGUAAUAAAUGAAUCUAGAAUUUUGUUUACUAAUUAUAAAA